AUGCAAGCAGCUGGAAGUUCACCAACUGUUCGAAUGGGCACCUUAAAGACUGUGUUACUACUUUUCCUAUAUCUGGGACAGGCGCAUUCGCUCCACUUUUAUCUGCUGCCGGGCGAAACAAAGUGCUUCUACGAAGGAAUAACACGGGAGAGCCAGUUCUUCGCAAGCAUAGAUGCACAGGUGGAAGGCGAAGACGGCCACUUCACACGGAACCCGCACUUAACCGUUUCGCUAUUCGUAUAUGCGUCCUUUGAUGCUAAUGAGCUCGUAUUUGCGCAGCAGAACUCGCCAUUUUCUGAAUUCCAGUUUACAGCGCUGGAAUCGGGAGAGCACCGGAUUUGCAUGUCACCCAACUUCCCUCACACCGCAGCGCGGCUGCGGGUUUUCCUGGACUUCAAGGUCAGCACGGCCGAUACGCUGGAUAACAGGCGCCUGAUGGACGUCACGUAUCUGCAAGAUCGCAUUGAAUACUUGAUUAGUAGACUGGAGGACAUACGCAGUGACCAGGCAGUGCUGAGGAAACAAGACGAGGAGGCACAGCGAUUGAGCAAGGUCGCCAACCGGCAGAUGAUAUUGUGGUCUGCAGUCCAAAGCGCUGCUCUGGUGCUUGUCUUUUUACUCCAGCUAAGGCACCUGAAGAACUUUUUUAAUCGCAAAGUUAUGUGA